AAGAAGAAAACUGUAAGCUGAAAGUUGAAAUCUUGACUUAAGAAAAGAGACUGGGGUAAAACUUAAUCUCAAAGGAAUGAAUAUGUUGCGCGGCACACCAUGCCGCCGGUGGAGGGUCAAGGACCGGAGGGAGAGCAUCCAAAGCUGUCAUACGCCGCAGCGGUAAGGGAAUCUAUCCCCAGCCGACGCGUACACUCCCAAGCGCGUUUAUUCUCUGACGCUGACCUCACGGGAUUCAAGCUCAAAUCUUUGGGUUCGUUCAAAGGCUUCCCGUCGAUUUCAUUCUCAGAUGAAGAUAUCCAGGUUUUCUCAACUAAAUCUCGUUACGCGUUGGUUGGUACCUUCACCGACGGAUGACCCCCUUUUCCGGCGAUUCGAAAGGCCUUUGAGAAACUAAGGUUCUCGCAACCCUAUACCGUAGGCCUUCUCCAAUCGCACACUGUGUUGAUCAAUUUUAAAUCUGACUCUGAUUUUCAACGAUUCUGGAAUAAAAGAACUUGGGACUUCUUUGGAUUCAAGAUGUCACUCACCAGAUGGACCCCGUCCUUUUCCGAUGAACGUGACUCUCCUCUAGCCCCCAUCUGGGUCGCACUUGAAGGCCUCCCGAUUCAUUUUCAUGACACUAGGGCUAUUUUUUCUAUUGCCUCCAUUCUUGGCAGACCACUUCACAUUGAUGCCCCAACCUCGAAUUUUUCCAGACCAUCCACCCCAAGAGUAUGCAUUGAAAUUGACAUUUCAAAGGCACUACCCUCAAAAGUCUGGAUUGGUACCAGUGAAGGUGGCUUUUUUUAGAAGCUUAAGUAUGAGAAUAUCCCUGAUUUUUGUAUGACAUGCUCGCGGUUUGGACACACAGAGUGCCCCCGAGUUAGGUCUUUGAAAUCUGAGAUAACUAAAACUACUUUGGCAAAUGAUUGUGUUAGAGUCCCUAUAUCCACUGAUGCUAUUAUUUCCUGUGAAGAAGUAGCGGUUCCAACAGGUACUAAAACUGUUGACCCAAUUGUGAUGCAUUCCGUUCAUAGUCUUGAUAAUGCAUUUACUACUGAAGUGGUUGCCUGUGAUGAAGUAUUUGUUUCAACUAGUUCUGAAAGUGUUGCCCCAGUUGAGAAUGACUCAGUUCAUAAUUCUGAUAUUGUUGUUUUUGCACCCUCUGCCCCCGUUAAUACUGUUAACGCACAAGAAGCUUCUAUUACAGUGUGUGGUGCUUCAAGUGCCCCUGUGUCCCCUGUUCAGCCUUGUGCUUUUCAGGUUACUGGUUCUAAUUGUUCUGUUGGCUCCGGUUUAACAGGCCCCUUUGAUGCCUCUGCAAAGAUUUCUGGUAUACAAAAUGCCCCUGGUACUAUGGUUGUUGAUUCUAUUCUUAGUGCAUUGGCAGUAAAUACUGACACAGCAGAACAAGUUGUUUCAUGUGCAACCGGUGAUGCUAAACUACCUGACUUAGAUGUUUUAGCUGAGGAUCUGAGUAUCUUAGCUAUUACUUCUGUGGAAACCGAUAAAGUUGUCUCAAAUGAUAAGGCUCAUGCUGCUUCUGUUAAUGAUCUAGCUACAGGUCCCAUUAUGCUGGCAACAGUCCACUCUGAGGCCCCUAUGGAUUAAGGAUGCAUUGUGGCUGCAUCAGACCACACAAAGGUCCCCGCUGAUGCUAUUAAUUGUGAUGAGAAUACUGUCCAACACUCUGUGGAUUUGGAUGAAACCCCGGUGGCCACCCUUCAUGUGGCGGUAACCGGAGGAAUUCAUCAUCUGAUUGCCUGUGAUGCUAGCAAAAAAAUGUCUGAGGACCGAAAUGGAAAUGAUGAGAUCCUCUCUGAUCCAAUGAGUGACUUUGCAGUUACUACACCUGUCCCGAUAUUGUCCAGUGAUGAAACUACUUCUGAGGACACCCAAAUGCUAACCUUUUCUGUUUCAGGUCAUACAAAAUUCAAUGAGGAAAAUAACGAAGGAUUUACACAGGUUCAAAGAAGAAGAAACAAAUACACAAACUCAGCAGCUAUAGAAGGAGCACAACUAUUCUACCACGUGGGAUAUAGCUCUCAUCCAAUGAUUACCAGAAGUCACUCCAAAAGACCACAAAAUGAGGAUGACUACUUUAUGUAUCCAGUAGAUCAAAGAUUCGACUCCCCACAUAAACUAGCGGUGGCUCUCAAAUGAUUUAAAAAUUCACAUCCAGAAGCGAAAACCUACUAGCCCUAACUGCAAAAGGCUAUCAAGUUUCAUAACAAGUUUAACAGAUCCAUUUCUGCAACACUUGGAAUUCCUUGGUCUAAUUUCAACCGUUGAUGUAUUUCAAUUUUCUUGUAUGGGUUAUUUCCUUUGUACAUGCUACUUUUAAUUAAUAAAAAAAGGAGGUGUUCCCCGGCGCCCCCACCACCCCAAGUGGUUGACCGGGAUUAAAAAAAGUUGAAAAUGUUUCUCUUCUUAACAGAAUAAGAGAAAUUCAGCAUUUUGAGGUCAGACUCAAUAGCAUUAUGAAAAUGC